UCUCUCUCCAAAGACAGAGAAAGAGAGGAUAGAAGAAAAUUAAAAAAGAAAACUCUUCCUUUUAUCGAACAAAAGAAAGCUAAGUCAGAGGUUUUUGCUUUGGAUUCCAUCUGUUUGAUGUUGCAUGGGAUUGGAAAUUCAGUACAUGGAUUUUUUGUAGAUUCAUGGUAAUGAAUGGGAUUUCUUGGAAUUUUGCUUAUUUUCUUCUUUUAGAGAAUCAGGCAAGGUAGGUAGGUUCCUGUUCAUGUUUUUCUGCUUUUAUGGUGUCUUUAUUUUGAAGAUUUCUUUGGAUUUGGUGGGUUUGGUGGUAGAGAUCUUGCCUAAUCUGAGUUGGGUUUUUUGAGAUUUACUUGGAAUUUGCAAGGGAAGAGAGAGAGAGAGAGAGAGAGAGAGAGAGAGAGAGAGAGAGAGAGAGAGAGAGAGAGAGUCAUUUGACUGUGGUUUAUGGUAUAGAUUUUGUUUCCUUUUUGGGAUGUAUAGAUCCUUGAUUUUGAUGGAAUGGAAAGGAAUUAUUUAGGAUUUUGAUUGGAGAAAGGCCAUUAUUCCCCCCCUCCUCCCAAAAAAAGGAAAGAAAAGAAAGAAAACCACCACAACCAUAUAUCUUUUCAUUUAUUACUUGUUAUCUCUUGUUUUCAUUCCUGUGUUUUGAGUUGUAGAGGAAAGGGUCCUUUUUUGGUGUUUUGGGUAUUGGGGGGAAACCCCUUUGGAUUUUAGAAAUUUUGAGUGAAAAAAGCUUUUUCCUCUUUUAUUUGAAUUUUGAAGAGGGGGAAUUGGAAGAAAACCCAUUUACAUUUUGUGGUUAGGGAGUGAAAAGUGUCUUCUUUUUUUUUUUUGCUUGAAUUUUGUUUUGAUGUUUGUAGGAAGAAAACCCAGAUUGAGUUUGUGAUUUGUGAGCGAAAAAGGAUCCUUUUUGCCCACCUUUUUUUGGGAAUUUUGAUGUGGUGGCAGCUGCAAGAAGAAACCCGAUUAGAGUUUGCGAUUUGCUAUUGAACAGGGUCUUCUUUUUUAUUUAUUACAUUCUGUUUUGUACUUGAAAGAAACCCAAUUAGAGAUUGUGGAGAUCUGGGCUUUGUUGCAUCACUUAUGCACAAUGAGAAAUCUCUUCCUUCCUGAUUCCUGCAAAGAAACACAACUCCAUGCCCUCAAUCCACAGUCAUGGCUCCAAGUUGAGAGAGGAAAGCUCUACAAAUUCGCCUCUCACUCACCUUCUUCCAUUGAAUCUCUCAUCAAGGUCAACGAACCGCCCAUCCUCCCAUUCUUUAAGCCCAUUGAUUAUGUAGAAGUUCUAGCUCAAAUUCAUGAGGAACUUGAAUCAUGUUCUCCCCAUGAAAGGUCGGACCUUUACUUGCUACAGUUCCAAGUUUUUAGGGGUCUCGGGGAAGUCAAAUUGCUGCGACGGAGCCUCCGUUCUGCUUGGCAGAAGUCAAGCACUGUCCAUGAAAGGGUUGUGUUUGGUGCAUGGUUGAAGUACGAGAAGAAAGGAGAGGAGCUUGUCUCCGACUUGCUUGCUUCCUGCGGGGAAUACACGCAGGAAUUUGGGCCGGUGGAUAUCUCGGCCCAGCUUCCGUUGGACUUCAAUUCUAUCAAUGAAACUGUUGAGAUGAUUGAGACCCAUGAUUUGAAUGUGGGAUGUGUUUCCAACACAGUCUUCUUUUGUAUUGGAGGAGAGAAGAUAGCUUGCGAUAGGCAGAAGAUAGCAUCUUUGUCUGCUCCAUUCAAUGCCAUGCUUAAUGGGUGUUUUACAGAGUCGCUACAGGAAGAUAUAGAUUUGUCCGAGAAUGGUAUAUCUCCUUUGGGUAUGAGGGUCAUCAGCGAUUUCAGUGAGACAGGCAGUUUGAGUGAUCUGCCUCCACAUGUUUUCUUGGAAAUCUUGAUAUUUGCUAACAAGUUCUGCUGCGAAAGGCUAAAAGAUGCCUGUGAUCGGAAACUUGCAACACUGGUUUGCUCAAGGCAAGAUGCAUUCGUCCUUAUGCAAUAUGCACUAGAAGAAAACUUGCCUGUCCUGGCCGCUUCGUGUCUGCAAGUAUUUUUACAUGAGCUUCCGGAGUGUUUGAACGAUGAGCAAGUAGUUAAUAUAUUCUGCAAUGCUAAUAAAUGGCAGAGAUCAAUUAUGGCAGGUCAUGCCUCGUUCUCACUCUACUGUUUAUUAAGUGAGGUUGCCAUGAAUGGUGAUCCGCGUUCGGAUAUAACAAUGCGUUUAUUGGAACGGUUAGUAGAGUCGGCAACGACUAGCAGGCAAAAACAGUUGGCUUUUCAUCAGCUGGGAUGUGUGAGGCUUUUAAGGAAAGAAUACGAUGAAGCAGAGCGCCUCUUUGGUGAUGCUUUUGCAGCAGGCCACAUUUAUUCUAUUACUGGUUUGGCUAGAGUGAAUUCUAUCAAGGGAGAUAGGCUUUCAUCAUACAAGAAGCUGAGCUCUGUGCUAUCAUCCUAUAACCCCCUUGGAUGGAUGUAUCAGGAGAGAUCUUUGUACUGUGAAGGCGAGGAGAAGCUGGAAGAUCUUGAAAAAGCAACGGAGUUGGAGCCCACGCUCAAUUACCCCUACAUGUAUCGAGCUGCAUCUUUGAUGAGAAAGCAAAAUGUACAAGCUGCCCUUGAUGAAAUAAACCGCGUUCUUGGAUUCAAGCUGGCGCUUGAAUGCUUGGAGCUUCGGUUUUGUUUCUAUCUGGCUCUUGAGAAUUAUAGGGAUGCAUUAUGUGAUGUUCAAGCAAUUCUUACGCUGUCGCCCAAUUACAGGAUGUUUGAGGGUCGAGUAGCCGCAUCCCAGUUACGUACUCUUGUUCGUGAGCAUGUUGAGCUUUGGACGACUGCAGAUUGUUGGCUGCAACUUUACGAGCGGUGGUCGUCGGUUGAUGACAUUGGCUCCCUUUCUGUUAUCUACCAAAUGCUUGAGUCAGAUGCAGCGAAAGGUGUGCUGUACUUCAGACAGUCUUUGCUUCUCCUUAGAUUGAACUGUCCUGAAGCGGCCAUGCGCAGUCUGCAACUGGCCCGCCAGCAUGCGGCGACUGAACAUGAACGUCUGGUUUACGAGGGAUGGAUUUUAUAUGAUACGGGUCAUUGCAAGGAAGGGCUUCAGAAAGCGGAGGAGUCAAUACGCCUUCAAAGAUCAUUCGAGGCUUUCUUUUUGAAGGCCUAUGCUUUGGCUGAUUCCAGCCUCGACUCUUCAUGCUCUCAAACUGUCGUUUCACUUCUUGAAGAUGCCUUGAAGUGCCCUUCAGAUAGGCUUCGCAAGGGUCAGGCCUUGAACAAUCUUGGCAGUGUCUACGUCGACUGUGGUAAACUAGAUUUGGCGGCCGAUUGCUACAUCAGCGCCCUUAAAAUCCGGCACACCAGGGCCCACCAGGGCCUUGCCCGGGUCCACUUCCUAAAGCAUGAUAGAAGUGCUGCAUACGCGGAAAUGACAAAGUUGAUUGAUAAGGCGAGGAAUAAUGCAUCGGCGUACGAGAAGCGGUCCGAGUACUGUGAUCGCGAUCUUACAAAGGAAGAUCUGAUGAGGGUAACUCAAUUAGAUCCACUCAGAGUUUAUCCGUACAGAUACCGAGCUGCAGUGCUGAUGGACAGCCACAAGGAGAAAGAGGCCAUAGCAGAGCUAUCAAGGGCGAUUGCAUUCAAAGCUGACCUUCAUCUCCUCCAUUUACGGGCCGCAUUCCAUGAGCACAUAGGGGACGUAACGGGUGCCCUUCGGGACUGCCGGGCCGCGCUGUCUGUUGAUCCCAAUCACCAAGAGAUGCUCGAGCUUCGCAGCCGUGUAAACAGCCAAGAACCUUGAAAAUGUACACUAGUUUGAUGUAGUUCCCUAUUGUCAUUGUCGCGUCUCUUUUGAUUUUUGUGUAAUUUAUGCAUGUCUUAAGAUUUUCCAGUUAAAAUCGAUGUGGGCUCAAUUUGCCAAAUCUUUCUCAAAAUGAUGAAUGAUAUGACUUCCAGUUUGAAGAACAACUGGUGGACCCAUGGUUCAGUGAUCCAAACCGUUGAUAUGGCGGGCCCUAUGGAUUCUGAUGUACUGAGAAUAUUCUAGAUGGAAAAAUCCUAACUGUUGUUCCUUUUAGGCCUCUUCUGGUUUAAUAAUACCAAAAGUUGCUCUAA